AUGCAUGUUCAAGCAGUACAAACCAAGCCAUAUGAGGGUCAACGGCCAGGAACAUCGGGAUUAAGAAAAAGAGUUACUGUAUUUCAGCAACCUGGAUAUACUGAAAAUUUUCUGGAAGCAGUGUUUAAUGUAGUCCGGCCUUCCAGUAACUCUGUUUGGAUUAUUGGUGGCGAUGGACGGUAUUACAGUCAGACACUGAUUCAGACAGUUAUACGUAUGGCAGCAGCACAUGGAGUUUCAGUUCUAGUAAUUGGACGUAAUGGUUUGUUGUCUACACCAGCGGCAUCAUGGAUGAUCCGGGCACGAGGAGCAAUGGGCGGGCUGCUUUUGACAGCAUCACAUAAUCCAGGUGGUCCUGAAGGGGAUUUCGGUAUCAAGUUGAAUAUGAGUCAAGGUGAAUCCGCAUCAGAAACGGUGAUAGACAAAAUCUACAGUUAUACACGGACAAUUACUUGGUAUACUACGUUAAAUCUUCCUGAAGUGGAUUUAAGCGAAAUCGGUGUACAAGUAAAAGAUGGAUUUACAAUUGAAAUAGUUGAUCCAGUACGAGGCUAUGUUAAUUAUAUGAAGGAGAUAUUUGAUUUCGAGAUAAUAAAGGCUUUUUUUCAACGGUUCCCGAACUUCAGAAUGCUUUUUGAUGGAUUACAUGGGGUAACGGGACCAUAUGCAAAAGAAAUAUUCCUAAAUGAACUUGGAUUACCCGCAUCAUUUCUCCAGAACUGUAUUCCUUUGCCUGAUUUUGGUGGAGGUCAUCCUGAUCCAAACUUAGUAUAUGCAAAAACUCUAAUAACGCGUGUAAAUGCCGAAAAAAUUGAUGUAGGAUUUGCUUCGGAUGGUGAUGGAGACAGAAAUAUGGUAUAUUGUCUAGAAACACUUGUUAGUCCUUGUGAUUGUCUUGCAAUCAUUGCACAUCAUGCAGAAAAAAUCCUAUAUUUUAAAGAAAAAAAAAUUUAUGGUUAUGCCAGAAGUAUGCCAACAAGUAGUGCAUUAGAUUUGGUUGCAGAAAAAAAAAAUAUGAAGUGUUACGAAGUUCCAACAGGCUGGAAGUUUUUUUGCACUCUCUUUGAUCAUUGCAAAAUUUCUUUAUGUGGAGAAGAAUCUUUUGGUAUAGGAUCAUGUCAUAUUAGGGAAAAAGAUGGCAUUUGGGGCAUAUUAGCUUGGUUAAAUAUUUUGGCUGUUAUUAAUAUGGAAUCCAAAGAUCAACAAUUCAAAGGUGUCCUUGAUAUUUUAAAUGAUUUUUGGAAAAUUUAUGGGCGAACCUACUUUUUACGUUAUGAUUAUGAAGAGGUUAAUGCAUUAGGUGCUUCAAGGGCGAUGACUCGUUUUUCAGAAAUUAUUCAAGACAAUGGUUAUAUUGGAACAUCACCUAUUGAUGGUUUUAAAGUUCAAGAUGCCGGUGAUUUUUCCUACCAUGAUUCAAUUACUGGAGAAAUAGUUGAACAUCAAGGUCUUUAUAUAAAAUUUGAAGGGAAAAGUAGAAUUGUUGUACGUUUAUCAGGCACAGGAAGCUGCGGAGCAACCAUAAGAUUGUAUAUUGAAAAAUACGAAGCAAAUCGGCAAAAACUACAUUUAAAACCGAAAGAUGUCCUUCAUGUAUUAUUUGAAUAUGCAGUGAAGCUACUAAACCUUAAGGAAUAUAUAGGUACUUGCACACCUACGGUCAUAACAUAA